AACCAAAAUUAUUAAACGUGCAGCGCACCUUUGAUUUGCUUGCGCGUGGGCUUGCAUUCCUAUUCUCCAUCAUACCAUGGUCCCAAACGUUCGUUCAAACAGCUACUCAGCUAGCCAGCCACUGGUUAAAAAGAAAACACAGAACAAAAACAUAAGUACUAUAUAUACAGGAGCAGAAAAAGCAAACGCUCAGAAGGCAUUAACCACGAUCCAGCAAACAUGCCUAUCGCCGCCACCGCUGCCGUCAACUUCUCACCGGUGACGACACGCUAUGGCGGCAUACUGGCCUCACCAACAUCUUCAUCCUCCCGUAUCACCGUUUCUAUUUCUAAUGCCGUUACUACUAACGUAGCUCGUGUUGAUUCCCUCUCGUUCUCCAUGAAUUCCAGCCCUAAUUUCACCUCCAGCCGCCGCACAUUUCUAAUGUUAUCCUUCGCUGCUGCUGGCACCGGUGGUGGUGGCGGUGAUGAUAAUUUCCACGGUGGAAAUGGAGGAGGAGGUGGUGGUGGUGGUAAUGGUGGUAAUGAGGAGAGUGGUGAUCAGAAAAAGAACCAAAAGGAAGCUUUGAUCGCGUUGACCGAGGCAGGUAGGUCGUUGGAGAGUUUGCCGAAGGACUUGCAGACGGCGAUAGAGGACGGGAGAAUACCUGGAUCCAUAGUAUUGAGGUACUUUGAGCUAGAGAAAUCUCCAUUACUAGCAUGGUUACUUCGUUUUGGAGGGUUUAAGGAGCGGCUAUUGGCAGAUGAUCUGUUCCUCGCUAAAGUUGCUAUGGAAUGCGGCGUCGGUAUUUUCACUAAGACUGCUGCUGAGUACGAGCGCCGCAGGGAAAACUUUUUCAAUGAGCUGGAAAUUGUUGUUGCUGAUGUGGUAUGUUGCUCUUCUGAUUGAUAGUAUGCUAUUGUUCUAUCUGUCCGUCCUACCUUUUUU